AUGGCGAAGGAUAAGAAAUCUAAGAGCGAGAGCAAGAAAGCGAAGUUAGCGGAGAAGAAACUAAAGCAAGAGAAAAAGGGAGAGAAAAAGGAGAAGGCUAGAAAUGCAAAGGCCAACGAUAGCGAUGCUGAGGAUGUUGACCUGGAUGAGGUCCUCGCCGAGUACGCCAAGAAACAGGAACAGUUUCUCAAAGUUACAGAAACGCCUUGCGAUCCGCCUAGAGCUCGAGCGUCUUCCACGAUCAUAGCAUCACCGUCAAACACCAACGAGAUUUUCUUGUUUGGGGGCGAAUACUAUGACGGGGCUAUUGCGACUUUCUUCAAUGACCUUUAUGUCUAUCUCAUCAAUCGAGACGAAUGGCGCCUCAUUACGUCGCCAAAUACCCCAUUGCCCAGAUCAGGGCAUGCAUGGUGUCGUGGAGGCAACGCAGGAGGAAUCUAUCUUUUUGGCGGCGAGUUUUCUAGCCCAAAGCAAGGCACCUUUUACCACUACAAUGAUUUCUGGCGCUUCGAACCUUCCACUAGAGAAUGGACUCGAAUAGAGACCAAGGGCAAAACUCCUCCAGCAAGAAGUGGCCACCGAAUGACAUAUUACAAGAACUAUAUCAUUCUGUUUGGUGGCUUCCAGGAUACAUCACAGCAGACGAAAUAUCUAGCAGAUCUCUGGAUCUAUGAUACCCAGAAUUUCGUUUGGCACAAUCCUGUACUACCCCUGGCAACAUUAAAGCCAGACGCUCGCUCCUCGUUUUCUUUUCUGCCACAUGAGUCUGGGGCUGUGCUAUAUGGCGGAUACUCACGAGUUAAAGCCACAGUGACGGGCAAGCAAACAAAGGGUGGCGGGCAGUCUCAGAGAAAUGUUCUGAAGCCCAUGGUCCACCAAGAUUGCUUCUUCCUACGCAUCGUCCAGCCCGAUGCAGAUGCACCACCCAAUAAACCGCCAGCUGUGAGAUGGGAACGCAGGAAGAGACCUGCAAACUCCCCGAAUCCUGCCCGCGCAGGAGCUACGAUGGCGUAUCAUAGGGGUCGAGGCAUAUUAUUCGGCGGCGUGUACGACGUGGAGGAGAGUGAGGAAGGAAUAAAGAGCGAGUUCUUCAAUGGUUUAUUUGCCUGGAACAUCGAGCGGAAUCGAUAUUUCCCACUUUCAUUGCGAAAGCCUCGCACCAGCCAACGUAAACCUCAAGCGAACGAACGAGGAGGUCGUCGCGGAAGAGGCCAGGCGAACGAGGACGAGCUUCUACGUAAUCUGGCGGCACUCGAAGUAGGAAAAUCUCUAGCAGAUAUGGAUGAUAUUGACGUUGAGAAACCAAAUGACGUUCCCGCUGAGGAGGAAUUACCAGCCAAGGAAGUUCUAAUGGAAUUCCCCCAUCCGAGAUUCAAUGCCCAGUUAACGGUGCAGGAUGAUAUUCUCUUUAUCUAUGGAGGUACCUACGAAAAUGGGGAUCGCGAAUAUACAUUCGAUGAGAUGUAUGCAAUCGACUUGGGUAAGAUGGACGGAGUGAAGCAGAUUUUCCGCCGGGAGCCCGAAAAUUGGCUUGGCAGUGAUGAUGAAGACAGUGAGGAUGAGGGAGGAAGUGAUGAGUCUGACGAAGACGAUGAGUUUGAGGAUGAAGAUGGGGACGUUAAAAUGGUUGAUGAAAAGCCAUCGUACCCGGAAAAUGCCAAGAAGUCUAAACGCAAGGAGAAGGCCGAAGCAGCUGGAGAAUUGGACGGCGAUGCAACAUCGGCCGCACCUUCUACUGUAUUCGAUGACACUCCGGAAGAAACGGCAAGUGCAACUACAACUGACGACCUACCACAUCCUCGACCAUUCGAGUCUCGGAGAGAAUUCUUCCAGCGGACGGGUAAUGAGUGGCAAGAGCUGUUGAUGACUAGUCUGAGAUGGAAAGGUAUACAGCCAGAGACCCUGACUGUAAAGGAGAUAAAGACCAGGGCUUUCGAGAUGAGUGAGGAAAAGUGGUGGGAUUGCCGUGAGGAGAUUACUGCACUUGAAGAUGAACAAGAAGCGGCGGGUAUCGGAGAGGUAGUCACGUUAGCAGAUAGGGGUGAAGCAACUGGAGGUGCGGGCAGAAGAAGAUAG